AUUACGCGAUGUUUUGUUGGAAGGUGUUAAUAUCCAAUGGGGUAAAAAAUGUGUUGGAUAUGAAGAAAGUGAUGAUGGUGUUUGGGCUUUGUUUGAUGAUGGAACCAAAGAAUUUGGUGAUUUAUUAAUCGGUGCUGAUGGAAUUAAUUCACCAAUUCGAAAACAAAAGGUUCCUAACUUGGAAAUCUUCAAUCUUGGUAUAACUAGCGUCGAUGUAGAAGUUGCACUACCAAAAAACAUGGCAGAAAAAUUACUGGCUUUUCACAACAAUGCAUUAAUGCAAAGAUCUGUUGGUAUAAAUGGUGAUGCGUUCUUUUCAUUUAUGCGUUUUGUACCAGUCGAUCAAUCCGAUGAACCUUACUACAGGCUCGGCAUUGCAUUUCAUUAUCCGACAAUCCUCGAUACCGAAGACCCAAAUAGUAAAUUAGUUGAUGAUGAUGAUCCUAAAUCUGUUAUGAAACAUACAAUUUCAAGAAUCAAACAAUUACGUCCACCUUGUGAAUUGACUGAUCUAAUGAUCGAUAUAUUUUCGUUGGUUCCAUACUCUGAUCCAGGAGAGAAAUAUCCGAAGUAUCCGUUUCGAGAAUAUAAUGCUCCACGACGUCGUCCGCUUCGCGAUGUUAAUCCAUUAUCUGUUGAACCUUGGAAAAAUGAUCGAGUCAUUUUGUUAGGAGAUGCAGCUCAUGCUAUGAAUCCAUUAUUAGGAUUAG